AUGCAUCGUAGGUCAAAGAAUGAUGGAACACAGGACUCGGAAACCUUACCCGAUCGAUCACCAGCUGCUUUUUUAAAAGUUCUUUCUGAAGAACGUAAAGGAUCGAGUAAAACACUUGCCCGAGCACGCUAUGAUCCCACGACGCACAAAUGCCAUUUAUUUGCUCCCCGCGGGAAUAUAACUCAAACAAUGGGACAUUCCAUCAACAAUGAGGUCUUUCUUCGACCUGAAGAAACACUCUUCCUUCUUGAAAGAGGUGCAAUGACUGUCGAGUGCAGCGGCGUAGAGAUGAGCAUUCAACAAGGUUAUGCGACUUUCAUUGGGAAUGGAAAAGAGGCUGAAGAGGGAUGGUUGACGUUGGAACAGUAUCAGGUUUACGCCUACUUGAAACGAUUGGGCUAUACAGUCAUUCGACCGUUUCAAAAACAACUUGUCAAAAGAAAACUUCCCUCUCCAUCUCAAGCUCGUCCUUCAUUUGAUACACAGCCAUGCUCAAGUCCCUCAGGGAUUGUAUACAACAGUUUCUUCCUACCCACACUGGGAAGAUUAUUACACUUGACCUCGUGGUUGCUUGAGCUGGUCUUGAGGAUACCGUUGAGGUAUGGAGCGGAAAUGCUAGGAUGGUAUCGGACCAAUGCUGGAACAAAGAAAGAAAACGGUAAAAAGGAAGAGAGGAUUAGGCCUAUAGUCGAUGGAACAGAGACAAGUUACAGUGAGGUUUUCAAUAAGUUAAAGAUAGUAAGGCGUUAUGAUGAAGUCGAUAGUAUUACCGACAACGCGUCAACUGAGGGGAAAAGAUCCACUUAUUCGAUAUCGUUUUACGUGUACAAACCGAAUCCGAGUUUCCGUAAGAAAAAGCCUAGACCACCUGAUUACAAGAUAGUCGUUGUCAGCAUUGAAGAGGCUAGUUCUCCAUCGUAUUAUGAACUUGUAAAAUUAUUGAGUGAAGACAACGAGAAUAUAGUCUUUGCGUUGGUCGAUGAGGGAGACAUGAGUUUCCUAUCUUUUGAAGACAUAAAUUUUGGAAAUUUACCAAUUGAAAUUGUCGGGAUAGGCGAAGGCAAAAGAAGGAAGUAA